GGCAUCCGGGGGCCGCGGGGCCGGUGGCUCCCCCUGCGGGCGGCGCGGCGGGCGUGCACUGUCCGGCGGACCGGCUGGGUGGGUGGUGGGCUGCGGGUGGCCCUGGGGAUGCGCCGAGUCCUGGGGGCUCCGGAGGCGCGCUCGCGGAGGCUUGGAGAGUAAGAUUCCAUCCCCUGGCUCUGCACCAGGCGCCUGCCCCCGACCCCCUCGGGGCUUAAGACAAAUAGAGCAUCCCGGGACGGGGCCUUGCGGCCUCGAAGACGCCGAUGUGGAGACCCUCCCGAAUGCGGACCUUGAAGUUGGAGGCCCCGGGGGAUGUGCGUCCCUAACCUUUGAGAAGAGUUAGACGGUUUGCGCCGCCUGGAUUCCAGCCCGGAGUGGUAGUGGGGUGCAGAGGCCCGGGCAGCAUGACUACGGAGACCUUCGUGAAGGAUAUCAAGCCUGGGCUCAAAAACCUGAACCUCAUCUUCAUUGUGCUGGAGACAGGCCGAGUGACCAAGACAAAGGACGGGCACGAGGUUCGCACUUGCAAAGUGGCCGACAAAACAGGCAGCAUCAAUAUCUCCGUCUGGGAUGACGUGGGCAAUCUGAUCCAGCCUGGGGACAUUAUCCGGCUCACCAAAGGGUACGCCUCAGUGUUCAAAGGGUGUCUGACUCUGUACACGGGCCGCGGGGGUGACCUUCAGAAGAUUGGAGAAUUCUGCAUGGUUUAUUCUGAGGUGCCUAACUUCAGUGAGCCAAACCCAGAGUACAGCGCCCAGCAGGCCCCCAGCAAGAUGGUGCAGAACGACAGCAGCCCCGCAGCCCCCACGCCUGCCACUGGGCCCUCCGCUGCUUCUCCAGCCUCUGAAAGCCAAAACGGGAACGGACUGAAUGCCCCUCCAGGGCCUGGCGGCGGCCCACACCCCCCUCACACUCCCCCCCACCCGCCCAGCACCCGAAUUACCCGAAGCCAGCCCAACCACGCCCCCGCUGGGCCUCCGGGCCCUUCCAGCACCGCUGCCAGCAACGGCAAGGAAACCCGGAGGGGCAGUAAGAGAUAGCCCUGCAUCUUCCCCGUGUCCCCAGCGAGCGAGACAGCCUGGGGCUGGCUGGCUGCCUGCCGCUGCCAGGGCGCAGGCCGGCCCCCCCUCCGCGGGUUACCUGUCCCCUGGGAUCAGGGCCUCUGCUGCUCCAGAAAUGAGUUAGAGGCGUGUCUCGCGUGUGAGGUGGAAACCUGUCGAGCCCCUCCUUCUUAAUAAAAGUUACUAUUCCAACUGGGCUGU